CUCCUUCCCUCUUCCCUAUGUGGUGCACAAAUAACAAAGAUUGACCAGAAAUAAGGAUUAAACAAUUGCACUUCCGUGGUGACAGUGAAGUCCAGGACCUCCACUCCAUGGGUAACUAGAACCCGUACAGGAGGAGCACUGAAGAGUCCCUCGAUGACAGUUGGGAUAGAAGAAACGGACCGAGAACCCUUUAGUUGUUGAUGUUCCCAGGAACAGGAGCAGCUGUGUCUCAGUACCUGUCUGUAUCACCCGUAAACUUCUUCACUGCCACUGCCUUCUGCACAGACCAAGAUCCACUGGAAGUGGAAUCCUACCAAAAUGACAGACAACCAGUCAGACAUCAGUAUUCAAAUGUCAAGUACAAAUGGCCUCCCCAGCAGAAAAGAGUCCUCUCAAGACCCAUCAGUCAGCAGAGGAACCACUGUGACCUUUCACAACAUCUGCUACAGAGUGGAGGUGAAGAGUGGCUUCAUAUGUUGCCGAAAAACGACCGAUAAAGAAAUUUUGAAAGAUAUCAAUGGGGUUAUGAGACCAGGACUGAAUGCAAUUCUGGGACCCACUGGAAGUGGCAAAUCUUCGCUAUUGGAUAUCUUAGCUGCAAGGAAAGAUCCUCAUGGGCUGUCUGGAGAUGUUUUGAUAAACGGAGCUCCUCAGCCUGCCAACUUUAAAUGUAUCUCUGGAUAUGUGGUACAGGAUGAUGUGGUGAUGGGAACCCUGACAGUAAGAGAAAAUUUGCAGUUUUCAGCAGCACUCCGGCUACCCACAUCUGUGAAGGAACGGGAAAAGAAGGAACGAAUUGACCAGAUCAUCAAGGAACUGGGUUUGACCAAAGUGGCAGAUUCCAAGGUUGGCACCCAGUUCAUUCGUGGGGUUUCUGGGGGAGAGAGAAAACGGACCAAUAUUGGAAUGGAACUCAUUACUGACCCUGCAGUCUUGUUCUUAGAUGAACCAACUACUGGAUUAGAUGCCAGCACUGCCAAUGCUGUCUUGCUGCUCCUGAAAAGGAUGUCGAAGCAGGGGAAAACAAUAAUAUUUUCCAUUCAUCAGCCCCGGUACUCCAUAUUCAGAUUGUUUGACAACCUGACAUUAUUGGCUGCAGGAAGAAUGCUGUACCAUGGCCCUGCUCAGAAUGCCAUUGAAUACUUCAAAUCUAUUGGUUAUGAAUGUGAGCCAUACAACAAUCCUGCUGAUUUUUUUCUGGAUGUCAUUAAUGGAGACUCAACUGCUGUGGUAUCAAGCAAGGCUGAUGUUGAUCUAGAUAACAUUGAAGAACACAUCAACCGUGAUAAGACUUUGGCAGAGAACUUAGCAGAGCACUAUUCCAGUUCCACCUACUACAGAGAAACAAAAGCAGUAUUACAGAACUUUUCUUUGGAGAAUAAAAAGAAAGUGAAGACAAUUUUCAGACAAAUUACAUAUACCACUUCCUUCUUUCAUCAGCUCAAGUGGGUGUCGAAACGCACAUUUAAAAACUUGAUAGGCAACCCUCAAGCCUCCGUAGCUCAGCUGUGUGUUACAAUUUUCCUGGGACUAAUUGUAGGUGCCAUUUUCUUUGGGAUAAAAGAUGAUCUUACCGGUGUGCAAAACAGAAUUGGAGCAAUGUUCUUCGUGACCACCAACCAGUGUUUCAGCAGCAUUUCAGCUAUUGAACUUUUUAUUGUGGAAAAAAAGAUAUUUAUACAUGAAUAUAUCAGUGGGUACUACAGAGUGUCUGCAUACUUCAUCUCAAAGCUAAUGGCUGAUCUAAUACCCAUGAGGACUUUACCAAGUAUCAUCUUCACCUGUAUAAUUUAUUUCAUGUUAGGUUUGAAGCCAAGAGCAGAUGCCUUCUUUAUAAUGAUGUUUACUGUUAUGAUGGUAUCCUACACGGCCACUGCUAUGGCGCUAGCGAUUGCAACAGGACAGAAUGUAGUGGCUGUAGCUAAUCUACUCAUGACCAUCUCGUUUGUUUUUAUGAUUAUUUUCUCUGGGUUGUUGGUAAAUCUUACAAGCGUCAUGUCUUGGCUUUCCUGGCUGCAGUAUUUCAGCAUCCCUCGAUAUGGCAUGACAGCUUUGCAAAUUAAUGAAUUUACUGAUCUGAAAUUUUGCUCUGGUAUCACUAAUACAAGUCAGACUGAUACGAACUGCACGCGGGUUAGCCAACCGUAUUGUACCGGAGAAGAAUAUUUGAAAAGCCAAGGCAUUGAGGCAACUUCCUGGGGCCUGUGGCAGAAUCAUGUGGCUCUUGCAUGCAUGACAUUAAUUUUCCUUACAAUUAGUUAUCUGAAACUGCGCUUCAUGAAGAAGUUAUCUUAAAACAAAAAAGUGUAAAUAAACUGUAAUUCACACUGUUUGGAUAGUUUUAUAAGUUAGAAAACUGACUUGAUUUUUAGUUAAUAGUACUCUUUUGUAUCUUACCUCUUGCCUCAAAAUUUAACAAAGUUAACAAAAAUCUUCAGCAAUACUAAAUAUUCAUUGAAAUGCACUUUUUGGAAAUGUACAGUAUGCCUGAAUUUUCUUUAUGGUCAUGAAAUGUACAUAUCAGUAUUCAUCUCGUCAUUAGACCAAUUGUAAAGGCAAUUUUUUACUGCAUGCUAUUUGUUAAAAUACAGAACAAUUAUGAAGUGGUAAUAAUUAAUGGCUCCAUCCACAAAGAAAAGGUUCCAUGGUUGGACUUAUUUUCUUAAUUUUGCACAUCCAGAGUGAUACUCUGACCCCCAAAAAAUAAUCUAUUUUUAAAGUCCUGGAACACUAAGUUAAUAUUUUAAUAUUUCCUAUUUCCCUCCUCCACACACACUCCACCACAUUGUAGUCAUCAUAUUUGCCAUGGGCCAGAUUUUGCCUGGCCCUUAUAUGGUUGCAUAGUCGGUGGUGAGGUGGGGAAGGCUAAGAAGCUGCCAACCUUUGUGUAGUCUGCAUAAGAACUAGGAAGAAUUGUAGCCCCUGUGGUUAGUUGGGGCAUGCUGGGAGUGUCUUAUUCCUUGGGGUGCAGUGCCGCAAAAGGAGAAACAGGCAGAAGGUGAGGUUAUGGCUUUGCCCCACCUCUCACAUCUGCUCACUGGUCAGAUGUAAAAUCGGUUUGCAUGGCUUCGGUAAUGUGGAAAUAUUUAUUGCUGAAUACAAACCUUAACUAUCAUGCAUGGGAAAAUGUGCAUUAAAAUAUACAUGCCAAAUAUAAUGUAUGUUUUCUUUGCACAGUGUUUCAGUUAGGAACACAGAAAUUACCAUGCAGCAACAGACCAGUAAUCUACUUUGGUGUCCUAGCUCCACUGUGAGAUUUUUUUUAAAGUAAUAAUUUUUUGGUUAUUUUUAUUUGUCUUCUGGUUUCUGAGCUCUUAGGGUGAAUUUGCUUCAUGUUUUCAAGCUUUAUUCUGUAACCACGUGGGCUACAAACUUCUUUGAAGUGAGAGCUGAGAUUCUCAUGUAAUCUCUUGAUUCCAGCCACUGAGGGUUUAAGGAAAACACUAAGCAUCGCCAGACUCAUGAUCAAAUAGUGAAAGCUGGCAACACUGCCUUAAUAACAUACUACAGCUGUAAUACAUUAACAUGUAGUCUCUACAAGUAAAUAAAUUAUCACUUUAUGUUGCAUUUUAAAUUUCCUUAUGUGAAGUACCUCCUGUUUUUGUGUUAUCUUUCUCAAUGGUGGACAGAAAAGGUUGUGUCUGGGGCUUGAGAACAUAUGCAUUGUCAUUAGUGAAGUGUCAGUAAAACACUUUUUGAAAAAAUUGAAGAGCCCUUUUAUAUGCACGUGGGUUGUAAUACACUGCAGCAUGGUUUUCCCUGAAGUCCUAAAAGCUGGUAUCCCGCCAUUUUUAAUUUUCUUCUCCAUGUAUUUUCUUUACCGAAAUCCUCCCUCUUCUUUAUUUUAGGUUACUAGCAAAAUAAAUCAGGUAAGCUGUAGUUUUAAAAUUUCCAAAUGUUUCAGACCUUUGUUGUUGACAUUAAUUCUAUUUAUAUCGUAGCUACUGCUGUUUCCUAAAGUCAUGGGGAGAAACCCAGUUAACGUGUGAAUUCAAACCAUAGUGAUGUAACAGAUAAAAUAUAAUUACUGUGUAUUUUCUACCAAGGCAUUUAUCAAAAGUAUGAAGCCAUGUUUCAUAACUGAUUUUAUAACAUGGUUCGUAAUAGUGUCUGAUGGAUGCUGGUACAGUGAUGGUUCCUCACUGUGCCACUAUCCAAUAUACUGACAUUCUGACUAGCAUAGAGAUCAUGCCUGUUUACUUCAUUCAAUCACAGCAAGUCACUCCUGGAAAGUACAGUCUUUUAGAAACACAUUUGUGCAUCUGUGAAUAAGCUGGUUUCUGAAUGGUUGAAAUUUUAUUUUUAACCUUUUCGGGACAUAAUGGUCAGUCACACAGCAAUGUGAGUGGCUGACACAAAUUUUUGGGUGGUAGAACUGAUUGUUAGUUAUUCAUAUUAUGUAUGUUUGUUCCAUUAAUUAAAAUAUAAAAUGUACCUCUUAACAGUCAUUGAACUGAUUCCAAUAAUACUAUGUACUAUUUGAUUCUUGUCUUCCUUCUGACCUGUCACAAAAUAAGCUGUUUUGUCACAAUCUCCAGUGAGAUAUCUGAACUGUACAGUAUAUGCAAAUGAUAUAUUCCUGUAUAACAGAAGCAAAUUUGUAUGUAACAGUGAUAUUUAUUAUGCAAAUCUUCUAAAAAUCAUCUAUCACAGUCAAGGUAAAUGACCAUCAAAGUAGCCAAUAGCUCACCAGAGCCAUGGCCUUAAAAUCAACAGGUUCCUAAGCAAAUGGUUUGUACCAUGCUCACAAAUAAAGCCUUUAUCUGACUGUGCCACUGAUUUUAGUGCAUUAUUUUCCUAGUCCCUCUUUUGUUGUUAGAGCCAACCAUUUACACGGGGUUCUUGAAAUUGGCAUCACACAUCUAUAACUGGGCAAUAUUAAAAGGAAAAUAUUGGAUUUUAUUGCACAGUUUUCCAGGAUAACCACAUCGAUACCCUUGGCAGAAUGUAUUUUUAUAUAUAAAAAUAAAGCGUCAGUGAAUAA